CAAAUGACAUCUCAACUAUAAAACCCCUUGAACACCAUCCACACUCCUCACAAACAAACUCACCACUUGGUAAUCAAACCUAGAGAGAGAAACCAAACCUUCUAGAGAGAGAAACAAUGGAGGGUAAGGAAGAGGAUGUUAGGCUUGGAGCCAACAAGUUCUCAGAGAGACAACCCAUUGGAACAUCAGCUCAAACUGACAAAGAUUACAAAGAACCACCACCAGCACCCUUGUUUGAGCCUGGUGAACUCUCUUCAUGGUCUUUUUACAGAGCUGGUAUUGCUGAGUUCAUAGCCACUUUCUUGUUCUUGUAUAUCUCUGUGUUGACUGUCAUGGGUGUGGUCAAAUCUCCCACCAAGUGUGGCACUGUGGGUAUUCAAGGGAUUGCUUGGGCCUUUGGUGGUAUGAUCUUUGCCCUUGUGUAUUGUACUGCUGGUAUCUCAGGAGGACACAUUAACCCAGCAGUGACAUUCGGUUUGUUGUUGGCAAGAAAGCUCUCAUUGACCAGGGCAGUGUUCUACAUGGUUAUGCAGUGUCUUGGAGCCAUCUGCGGUGCGGGUGUGGUCAAAGGGUUCAUGGGCAAGAACGAGUUCAACACUUUGGGUGGUGGAGCCAAUUCUGUAGCCCAUGGUUACACCAAGGGUAGUGGUCUUGGUGCUGAGAUUGUUGGUACUUUCGUCCUCGUUUACACCGUCUUUUCGGCCACUGAUGCCAAGAGAAGCGCCAGAGACUCGCAUGUUCCGAUUUUGGCACCUCUCCCAAUCGGGUUUGCGGUGUUCUUGGUUCACUUAGCCACCAUCCCCAUCACCGGAACCGGUAUCAACCCUGCAAGAAGUCUUGGAGCCGCAAUCAUCUACAACAAGGACCAUGCCUGGAACGACCACUGGAUUUUCUGGGUUGGUCCAUUCAUUGGAGCUGCACUUGCUGCUAUCUACCAUGUGAUAGUCAUCAGGGCCAUCCCUUUCAAGAGCAGAUCUUAAACUACUCAAAUGUUGAAAGAGUUAUGUGAAUUGUGUGUGUAAAUUAUGGUCCUAAAAUGGAUGCUAUUUGUAUUUAAGCUUUUCAUGUUGGUUUAUCAACUCUUUUUUAUGGAAUGAACAUCUCUUGAUUGAGAACUGGUUCUAGAUCAGCA